AUGAUUUUUCUCUCGUUUCUCUUGCUUCUAGCGACACCUAGCCUCAUCAACGCAUCUACAAAUACAUACCAUGGCUACACCAGCACCUUCAGUUUCGACGCCAAUCUGUCCCAUCAGCCAAGGUGGAUGACAGACAUUCCGGACCAUGUGAACAUCACGAGCCUCAGUAUCCCAGGAACUCACGACAGCAUGACAUAUCAUAUCAGUCACAGAAACUUGCAGUGUCAAAAUUGGAACUUGACGGUGCAAAUGGAAGCUGGACUGCGGUACUUUGACAUCCGGGCACGAGUCGAUCACAACAGACUACAUAUCUAUCAUGGGAAGCAGAGCACUGGAUAUUCCUUCCAGCAAGUCCUUUUGGAAAUGUUUGCCUUUCUAGACAAGAACCCUUCAGAAACGCUCAUCAUGCGUCUCAAGAAAGAAGGCCCUCCUCUGGGCAGAGAUUCGUACUCUUUCGAAAAGGCAUUCAACUAUGCACGACUCACAGACAAAGCCACCGCCAACGGCGCAAGAAAACACCUCCAAUUAUAUACGGACAGCAGCAAGCCCAUCCCCACACUCGGGGAACUAAGAUCCAAGAUCUUUCUCCUCCAAGACUUUAAGUGCGCAAAGAAUAGAAUGUACGGACUUGCUUGGGGUGGCCCGCAAAUGGUCUUGGAGGAUGACUUCGACAUCCACGGCGAGCGACGGUUGAACACAAAAUGGGCUGCUAUUGAAAAGGCACUGGGAAAAGCGAACAGUGGCCCUCUUGACAACAAGCAUAUUUAUUUGGCGCAUGCUUCCGCUGCAAUUGGUGUGCUGCCGAUACAAGCCGCGGCUGGGACAUUGGAUAAGGUCCAGAUUGGGAUGAACUACAGGACGGGCCAAUGGUUGGAUGGCCAUAUUGAUGAUAAGGGCUCUAUGAGGACGGGAAUUUUAAUUUUCGAUUUUCCGGGUAAGAAGUUGAUUGAUAGCGUUUUGGCGUGGAAUCGGCAUGUUGUAACGAAAGUGUAG